AUGAGCACCAACAAACCCAAAUCCCGACCUGCAAAAACCAUGCAAAAAACAAGACCAAAAUCACCCAAGAGUCCUUCCUUGCCUGUUUGUUUUAGACAUUCUCGGCAAUCCCAAGGCCGCUGCAGCUUCCAUGUCAGUUCAGUUCCCAACCUUCCUGUCUCGCCCGAGAUUCUUGAUAGAAGGGCUGAUCAGGACCUCACCGUGGAAUCUGAAGACACUUUCUGGCAAUUCUCUUUUUUAAAGCAAAGCAAUGAAUGCAAGGAGAAUAAAGAUGUUCCCGAAGGCAAUCUUGAGGUUGGAUGCUUGAGUGGCGUGAGUUGCGGGUCGAAUGGUAAAUUGAUGGGAAAUGGACCGAGUUGCAAAUUCUUGGAAUCUCAGAAGUUCGGCGACAUGCUCGCUGACAUCCGAAAGACAAAAUUGCGGGAGAAUAAAAGACCGGAGAAUGUAGAAGAUCAGAAGGAAACGGGAUUCAAAGCACCACCACCGGUAAUUGUUAAAGAAAGGAAAUUAAGAAUAGCAGAUCAAAGAACAGAAGAACACAUGACAUAUCAGAGAGGACCGAAAAGUGAGCAAAAGGCAUCGGGGCUAAUAUCAGGAAGAACAGUUGCUUUAGAUUCAAGAAAAUCAUACCAAGGAGUUGCACAUGAGCCUGCAAAUUCAACUCUGUCCAUGCAGAGAUCGGCAAGACAUCAGAUCAUUGAGGCUCUCCUGUCGAAAAGCGAGGAACAGAAAAUUGGAGGAGCAAAAUCGUCCCACAGGAAUGGGGAAUCGCAGCAAAGGAAAAUCAGACAGAGAUUGAAAAACAGAGUUCUUUCCCCAAGAACAGCAUCAAGGAUCGAGAUCUGUAAAAUAAGAGCUCUUGAGGAUUUAAAGAAAGCGAGGAAGAAGAGAGAGGCAGAGAUGGUGAGAGCUUUCGAGAGCUUUGCAGUGGUGAAGUGCUCAUUUAAUCCUCAGGAGGACUUUCGAGAAUCGAUGAUUGAGAUGAUCCUUGAGAAUGGGAUCGGACAGCCGGAAGAGCUCGAGAGCCUCCUGGCUUGCUAUCUGUCUUUGAAUUCAGAAGAAUACCAUGAUGUCAUUGUAAAGGUUUUCAAACAGGUAUGGUUCGAUUUGAACCGACCAGGUUCCAUUUCUGACAUAGAAAAGGUGGAUUAG